AGUUGCCCGGGAGCACUGGGUGGCGAGGCUCCGCGGACAGAGUGACAGGUGAGAUGGCGAGUCCCCGCCCUGGCGAGAGUGCCCGACGGCCAGCCCACUCAGAAGUCCCUGCGACAAGUUCAGAACCGUCCCCGGGGCGGGGCCGAGGCUCCGCGUGCUCAGGUGGGUUGGGUUCCUCUCUUUGCAGCGAUUCCAUAAUUCCAGAAGCGAGGCUUGGACCUCGGGAUUUGCAGAAAACCUUCACCAACAGGAGAAGGAAAUGGCAACCCACUCCAGUAUUCUUGCCCGGAGAAUCCCAUGGACGGAGGAGCCUGGUGGGCUACAGUCCACCGGGUCGCAAAGAGUCGGUCACGACUGAGCAACUUCACUUUCACUUUCACCAACAGGCAACUGAGCCCUCACGUGUUUCCAACCAUCUCUCAGAACCAGUGCCCACAGCUGACUUCUAGACUUCCUACAGACUUGAAGAAGCCUUUGGCCCCAUCAUGGCCCAUCAACAGUUUACCAGUAAGCUUCAAGAGGAAGUGAUUUGCCCCAUAUGCAUGGAUAUUCUGCAGCACCCUGCUACCAUCGACUGCGGGCACAACUUCUGCCUCAGUUGCAUCACUCAGAGUGGAGAAGCAGAAGACAGUGUUCUUAAAUGUCCCCUCUGCACCAAAAUUGUGAGGAGGGACACGAUCACGCCUAACUGGCUCUUGGUAAAUCUGGUGGAGAAAAUCCAAUCUAUGGAGCCCUCGGAGAGGCAGCCAGAAACGGAAGAGCUGAGAUGUCUAAGGCAUGGAGAGAAAUGUCAUUACUUCUGUGAGGUUGAUGGCAAGUUUCUCUGCGUGGUGUGUUGUGGAUCCAAGGAUCACAAAACCCACAACACAACUCUGAUAGAAGAAGCUGCCCAGAGUUAUCAGGGGCAGAUCCAAUCACAAAUCGAGGUCUUGCAGCAAAAGGAGAGGGAGAUAAUUCAGAUGAAGGCACAAGGUGAACACAAGAUCAAUGUCUCCAUGGCCCAGGUGGAAUUAGAGAAGCAGAAGGUCACCACAACCUUCAGACAGCUGCGUCAGGUGCUAAAGGAGGCGAAGAGCUUCCUCUUGUCCCGGAUCAACUGGCUAGGAAAGGAGAUCUCCAAGGGGCAGAAAUUCUAUGUCACUUCCACUGAGACACAGCUGAACUAUCUCAGGAAGCUUACGGAUUCUCUGAAGUCCAGACAGUGUUUGCCGCCAGGCCAGCUGCUCCAGGACAUCAAAAUUGCCUUGUGCAGAAGUGAAGGAUUUCACUUUCUCAACCCAACCCCUGUUUCAAUGGACCUGGAGAAAAAACUCAGUGACAUCAAAUCACGGCAUGAUUCCCUCACAGAGAGCCUGAAGAGAUUCAAAGACAAUCUCCAGGCUGACAGCAAGAAAGAUAAAAGCAAAUUCCUCAGAGGCAUGACUGAGGAAGACAGAAAGAGCUGGUACCUGUCAGAGAAAAAUGAUCCUAAGACAAACAAAACUUCAGAGCCUGAGUCGACCCCUCCAGUUGACAGAACAACUAAAACAGUGCUGCCAAAUACCAUACUCUCAAUUUCACUCAGCCCACUCUUCCGGAGCAGAAACAGGGCCUCUUUUGUUUCUUACUCACCAAACCUGGACAGCUCUGAGAACCUGGGGAGCCCUGAAGCUACGAAUAUUGAAGAGCUCAAGACGGUGAUAGACCCACUGACCCUGGAUGCGGCUUCGGCUCACCCAGAUCUCAUCAUUUCCCAGGAUCUGAAGACAGUGACGCUGAACCCGGAUCUUCAGAGAGUCUGCGCUGAGCACACCGACCCCGAACGCUUUUAUCCGUUCCGCUGUGUUCUGGGCUUGCCAGGCCUCAGCUCCGGCUGCCAGACCUGGGAGGCAGAGCUCGAAGGGCCCGGGGGCGGGGGCUGCGUGGUGGGCGUGGCCUCGGAGCUAGUACCCAGGAAGGGCAUGCUGCAGAUAGAGCCCUUGAGCGGCUUUUGGGCGCUGCGCAUCGCGGGCUCCGAGUGCCAGGCGCUUACGGAGGCGGGCACCCGCGAGGAUCUCUCGGUCUGUCCCAGGAAAGUGGGCGUCUGCGUGAAUCACGAGUGCGGCAAGGUCGUGUUCUACGACGCCACCACGAGCAAGCACCUCUACACCUUCCACGCCUCGUUUCCAGGGCAGAUCUUCCCCUUUUUCCGGCUCCUGUUUCCCGGGACCCAGAUCACCCUGAGUCCCUAGAGAUGUUCUUUGCUUUCC